AUGGACGGGGACGAGCUCAUUGCCUCGGUCUAUCGCAAGAUCGAGAGGGAAAAGGCCCUCAUAACCGCUGCGACCAACAUGCGGCAGUCCACCGAUAACCCCCUCGUCCAACAACGAGUCGACGCGAAUAUCCGCGAUGGCCGGAAAAACAUUGCCUACUUGGAGGAGAAGAUGAGAGAGCUUCAGAUCCGUCGCAUCGAGCACGAUGGUGGCGGUUCCCCCACCGAAAGCCGUCAUCCGUAUGGGGGGAAUCCGGCUGCCUCGGGCCCGGUACCUCCUCCGAAAGAUUACGGCUACGGGGCGGAUGAGGAAUACGAUGAUGCUGCUGGUGGCUUUCCGCAAGGAGGAGCAGGCUCCAUGCCAUCGGGCGCCCCGUUUUCUGAUCCCCGUCCGUUUGCUCCGGUCCCCAAGGCCAGGCCGAAUUACACUAAGCUUGACUUGAUCAAAUAUGACACGCAGUAUCUCGGUCCGAAGAUCCAGCUCAUGUUGUCCCAGCUCGAAUUCAAGUUGAGUGUCGAAAAACAAUACAAAGCCGGUAUUGAGAAGAUGGUCCGUCUAUAUCAAGAUGAAGGGGAUAGGAAGAGUCGCGCCGAUGCAGAGGGUCGACGGAUUGAAAGCAACCAGAAAAUCCAAUUGCUCAAGCAAGCCCUUAAGCGAUACGAAGACCUCCAUGUCGACAUUGAAUCUUCGGAUACCCCCGACGAUGAAAGUCUCAGCACCCCCAACAUGCGCAAACCCUUGACGGGUUUGUUGACGAUGCGCAUCCAAGCUGUCAGGGAUGUCGACCAUGCGACAAGCUCCAGAUUCUCUCGUGGUCCGGAAACAUUCGUUGUUCUCAAAGUCGAAGACGCCAUUAAAGCGAGAACGAGGGCGACCCGGUCAGACAGGUGGCAGGAUGAAGCCUUCAGCAUCGACAUCGAAAAGGCCAAUGAAAUCGAAUUGACUGUGUACGAUAAAUCCGGGGACCGACCCACGCCAAUCGGUAUGCUUUGGGUUCGUAUAUCGGAUAUCGCAGAGGAAAUGCGUCGUAAGAAAAUUGAGACCGAGUUCAACGCAUCGGGUUGGGUAUCUGCCGACAAGAUGGAACAUGGUGGCUCGACGGCGCGACCAGAUCCAUCCGCUCCCCUAGGAUCUCCACAGAACCCGGGUCCGGCAGGACCAACCGGCGCCGCAGGGCAAGGUCAAGGGGGCGCUGGUGGUCCUUCAGCAAGCCAUGUCAUGGUCGAUUCUUGGUUUGCGUUGGAGCCUGUUGGCCGGAUUAAUCUGUCAAUGAGCUUCGCCAAGCAAUUGAAGGACCGACGACCAUUCGAUAUCGGAUUGAACCGUCAAGGUGCUGUCCGUCAGAAGAAGGAAGAAGUCCACGAGAAGCAGGGACACAAGUUCGUCACGCAGCAGUUCUACAACAUCAUGCGUUGCGCUCUUUGCGGCGAUUUUUUGAAGUAUGCAGCCGGCAUGCAGUGUGCCGAUUGCAAGUACACCUGUCAUCGCAAGUGCUAUCCCAAGGUCGUCACCAAGUGUAUCAGCAAGGCCAACUACGAGACCGAUCCCGACGAGGAGAAGAUCAACCAUCGUAUCCCGCAUCGUUUCGAAGGAUUUGCCAACAUUUCGGCCAACUGGUGUUGCCACUGCGGUUAUUUGCUUCCCUUUGGACGCAAGAGUGCCAAGAGAUGCUCAGAAUGCGGUCUCGCUUGCCACGCUCAUUGCACGCAUUUGGUACCUGACUUCUGUGGCAUGUCCAUGGAGGCAGCAAACCAAAUCUUGGAAACACUGAUUCGCGCGAAGAAUCACAACAAAUCAACAUCUGUUAGUUCCGGUCUAAGCGGCCGCACCCUUCGACCAGGCGGCCCGCCUCAAGCCCCCCAAGAUAACGCAGCACUUGCGUACCCACAAAAGCCAGUCGAGGGCCCUUACGGGGGACCACCCCCUAGACGAGCUUCUGCCGAAGCUGUGAGCGCCGCCACUAACUCGUAUAUCCCACCACAGUCACCAACUGCUGUCGCCCAGCGGCAACAAAUGCCCAUAAGGACCACACCAAAUGCAGGUCCUGCUGCUGCUGCUGCCGCGGCGGCAACAGGGUUGCGUUCUCCUCAGCAGCCCCCGGUCGACAUGGGUCGCCCAGUACAGCCACAGCCGCAGCCACCUUCGCACGCGCCGUACGACCCCUCUGCGUAUGUGUCAUAUCAACAGCAAGCUAUGCCCCCGCCACAAGCUAUGCAAAAGGUCGGUUCGCCAUAUGGUAUGCCUUCACCGCAACAGCCUGUUCCUGCAAUGCAACCGCCGGUCCCUGUCAAGGAGGACAUUCCUACAGCGCAGGCCAAGGCCCGCAUUGGAUUGGACCACUUCAAUUUCCUUGCUGUGCUUGGUAAGGGUAACUUCGGUAAGGUCAUGCUGGCAGAGACGAAGAGUGCCAAGAAGCUUUAUGCCAUCAAGGUGUUGAAGAAGGAAUUCAUUAUCGAGAACGACGAGGUGGAGAGCACGAAGUCCGAGAAGCGCGUCUUUUUGGUUGCUAACAAGGAACGUCACCCCUUCUUGCUGAACCUUCACGCCUGUUUCCAGACUGAGACACGUGUGUACUUUGUCAUGGAGUACAUUAGUGGUGGUGAUCUGAUGCUGCACAUUCAGCGAGGCCAGUUUGGUCUAAAGCGCGCGCAGUUCUACGCCGCGGAAGUCUGUCUGGCCCUCAAGUACUUCCAUGAGAACGGUGUCAUUUACCGUGACUUGAAGCUAGAUAACAUUCUUUUGACAUUGGAUGGUCACAUUAAGAUUGCAGACUAUGGUCUCUGUAAGGAGAACAUGUGGUAUGGCUGUACCACUAGCACUUUCUGUGGUACUCCUGAGUUCAUGGCUCCUGAGAUUCUCCUGGAUAAGAAAUAUGGCCGCGCUGUUGACUGGUGGGCGUUUGGUGUCCUCAUCUACCAGAUGCUCCUUCAGCAGUCUCCCUUCCGUGGUGAAGACGAAGAUGAAAUUUACGACGCCAUUCUCGCUGAUGAACCUCUGUACCCGAUUCACAUGCCUCGUGACUCGGUUUCGAUCCUUCAGAAGCUGCUCACCCGUGAGCCUGAGUUGCGUCUAGGUUCGGGACCAACAGAUGCUCAAGAAGUCAUGUCUCAUGCUUUCUUCCGGAACAUCAACUGGGAUGACAUCUACCACAAGCGUGUGCCCCCGCCGUUCCUGCCUACUAUCAGCAACCCCACCGAUACCAGCAACUUCGACACGGAAUUCACCAGUGUCACCCCGGUUCUUACGCCGGUGCAAUCAGUGCUCUCCCAGGCCAUGCAGGAAGAAUUCCGGGGCUUCUCCUACACUGCGGACUUUGCCUAA